AUGCCAGAUCCUCACUAUGCCAACAAUCCCUCUGCCUUCCCAAUGGAAGGCGGUUGCUCUUGUGGCCAUGUCCGCUAUCGAUUGGAAACAGCUCCCUUAGCUGUGCACUGCUGUCACUGCACCGCGUGCCAGCGCGAAUCUGGCACGGCCUUCACGAUCGGUCUACUCAUCGAAGCGUCGAACCUUUCCGAUGGAGGAGGGGCGGAACUGAUCAGGGCGCGCAUCCCGCAAGAAUCGGGCGAAAUACAGACGGUGUCGCGGUGCCCGAUGUGUUUUAACGCCGUUUGGACGGAGUACGCUAGCUUCGGGCCGCAUAUCAAAUUCGUGCGCGGAGGGACCUUGGAUCGAGCCUGGCUGGUCCAGCCGGACGUCCACAUCUAUCUGAAAAGCAAGAUGGACUUUUUCAAGUUUGACGACGGAAAGCCGCAAUUUGAGGAGUAUUAUGAUCGGACUAAGGUCUGGCGCCUGGAGAGCCUGGAAAGGUGGGCUAAAGUGCUCCCAGCCAUCAUGGAGUAUCACGAGAGCAAGUGA